UGGCAGUUAGCUCGUUAUCUCGCCACUUGACCAAAGUUUAAUUAAAAUGUAAAUUUCCCAAAAUAGAACGGAAUGACCUGAAAGGCGAAGAUGAAGAGACUGUGGCGAGAUGACUGGGAGGUGUCCUUAGCGUCGGCCGGGGGAUUUAUGGCAUUACUUAAUGGAAGAAUCACGGAGUGUCUUUUCUGCGCCUGUUAAAUCCCACAUCCGUCAGAUCCAUCAGCACCAUCUGCCUUCCAAGAUGAGUAACAGCCACCCACUCCGCCCUUACGCCGCAGUGGGCGAAAUAGAUCACGUGCACAUUCUGUCGGAAAAUGUCGGCGCCCUUAUGAAUGGGGAGGAAUACGGCGAUGUCACUUUCAUCGUGGACAAGAAACGCUUCCCGGCCCACAGGGUCAUCCUAGCUGCCAGGUGCCAGUAUUUCCGAGCGUUACUCUACGGCGGCAUGCGAGAGUCUCGGCCGGAAGCAGAAAUCCCGCUCCGGGACACCACGGCCGAAGCCUUCACGAUGCUGCUGAAGUACAUCUACACGGGGCGAGCGACCCUGACGGACGAGAAGGAGGAAGUGCUGCUGGAUUUCCUCAGCCUGGCGCACAAGUACGGCUUCCCGGAGCUGGAGGACUCUACCUCCGAGUACCUCUGCACCAUCCUCAACAUCCAGAACGUGUGCAUGACUUUUGACGUCGCCAGCCUCUAUUCCCUUCCGAAGCUGACCUGCAUGUGCUGCAUGUUCAUGGAUCGAAAUGCCCAGGAGGUGCUCUCGAGCGACGGUUUCCUGGGCCUCUCUAAGGCGGCUCUUCUGAAUAUCGUAUUAAGGGAUUCAUUCGCCGCUCCCGAGAAGGAUAUAUUCCAGGCUUUGAUGAACUGGUGUAAGCACAAUCCAAAGGAAAACCACGCCGAAAUCAUGCAGGCGGUCCGUUUGCCCCUCAUGAGCUUAACCGAGCUCCUGAACGUCGUGCGGCCUUCUGGGUUGCUGUCUCCUGACGCCAUCCUGGACGCCAUUAAAGUUCGCUCCGAAAGUCGCGACAUGGAGCUGAAUUACAGGGGCAUGCUCAUACCCGAAGAGAACAUCGCCACUAUGAAGUACGGCGCCCAGGUGGUGAAAGGGGAACUGAAAUCGGCCCUGUUGGACGGGGACACGCAGAAUUACGAUUUGGACCACGGCUUUUCGAGGCACCCGAUCGACGACGACUGCCGCUCGGGCAUCGAGAUUAAGCUCGGCCAGCCGUCCAUCGUCAAUCACAUCCGGAUUCUCCUGUGGGAUCGCGAUAGCCGGUCUUAUUCCUAUUACAUCGAGGUGUCAAUGGAUGAGCUGGAUUGGAUCAGAGUGAUCGACCACUCAAAAUACCUGUGUCGCUCCUGGCAGAAACUGUAUUUUCCUGCCCGCGUCUGCAGGUAUAUCCGAAUAGUCGGGACUCACAAUACCGUAAACAAGGUCUUCCAUAUCGUUGCCUUCGAAUGCAUGUUUACAAACAAAACCUUCACUCUGGAGAAAGGCCUGAUGGUUCCAACGGAAAACGUCGCGACGAUCGCCGACUGUGCCAGCGUGAUCGAAGGCGUCAGCCGGAGCCGCAAUGCCUUGCUGAAUGGAGACACGAAGAACUACGAUUGGGAUUCUGGCUACACCUGCCACCAGCUGGGAAGCGGCGCCAUCGUGGUGCAGCUGGCCCAGCCAUACAUGAUCGGCUCGAUACGGUUACUCCUUUGGGACUGCGAUGAGCGGAGCUACAGCUACUAUAUCGAGGUUUCCACCAAUCAGCAGCAGUGGACCAUGGUGGCGGACAGAACCAAAGUGGCCUGCAAAUCUUGGCAAGAGAUAGCUUUCGACCGGCAACCAGCAUCCUUCAUCCGAAUAGUCGGAACACACAAUACUGCAAACGAGGUGUUCCACUGUGUGCACUUUGAGUGUCCAGGACCGAGCUGCCCGCCAAAGGAGGAGAACCGAGAAGAAGCAGCCCCCCCAGAACAGAGCCCUGCAGGCCACCAGCAGCAGUUAGUCCCCUUCCUGCCCCAAGCCUCAAGCGCCAGCUCUCUCCACUCCCUCCCUGGCUCCUCUUCACGAUCCCACAUCCAGCACCAGUAAAGGAAGGAGAAGACCUCCGUCACGGCCCAGGCAACACCAGAAAACCCUGACCCGUCUCGGGCCGUGAAUCGCUCACCGUCUCCCGCCCCGCCAAUUCCGAAGGGACCAGGCCCGGCUUUGAGCACCGAAAUGGAACGGGCGUCUUCAGAGGACAGAAAGGGGGCUGCUUCAACUCACCUCAAUUUGUUUGAACCAGGCUGGUCUCCGGGGAGAGAAAAUGGGGUCUUCAAUCUUCAUCAAGUUCACCGUUACCACCCUACCUCUCUAAUCUAAGCAAGGCAAAGGGAGCGGAAGGAAAUAAUAAGACGGGCCCAUGUUGGAAUUCAGAAAUGGCAUAGGAACACUAAGAAUGGAAAGAGAGUACAUUAAGUAUUCAGUUCCCCGAGACAUCCUUCAGGAAAUGGGCUUAUGGAGGGAGUGGAUUUUUACAGGACACAUUGCCUUAGCAACUAAAUUAUUUUUUUUUUUAGUGUAUCCUCAAUUUAGUGAAUUAUAGGCAUUUCAGAUCCCUUUGUAAAGCUCAGAUGGCAACUCAUUUUUAAAAUCCAUUUCAACCCUAAAAUCUCUUCCCCGAUCAUGAACGGUGAGAUUUGGAGUAGAGAAGGAAGAGAUCUCUUGGGAGAGGGUGGGGGUAUCUUGUCCAUCUUGUACUCUGAGUUCACGAACAGCUCUCUACAGCACCUGGCCCAACAACGAAAAUCCUUUGAGGAGUCUUUGAGAAAACACAAUAAGGAAAUCAAUCUGCGGGCACUGUAGUUAAUAAUCACUUGAAUUGCUGAGUUAUUAAACUGUCAUUCCUGAAAUGCAUCCAAAGCAGGAGAAUGGUUUUCGACUUGGAAGAUUGUCAAGUAAAGAGUAACAGCACCUGCUAAUUUAA